AUCGGACUAUCGGUGCUUCGGCUACACGCGGCUGCCCCAAUCACGUUAGCUUGUUAUAGUCGGCGUAUUAAUGGAGAAGAUGGCUUGCAUUAUGGUAGGGCUACGCAGUUGCGAAGAAGGGCCAAUUUGCAGAACAGUAGGGCUGUAAAAGCGCUUACGAUUGGUAUAUUCCAUGCAGAAUCCUACUGACAGUUCUUCGUUUAGUCUGGGGUGAGCAAAGGGCUUCUCUUAACUUCACUUUCCUUGGUUCCGGGCCUGCGGCCUGGCCGAACCUAAGCCGACAGUGCAUAUUUUCAUAUAGCCAGCACGAGUACGUUCUUCAUAAAUUUGUAGUCGCCGCGAUGAAGUGGUCUGUGGGAAGCUUUCCAGAGUCUCGGCACGAAGCCGGGGUGGGCUGGCUAGAGCCCCCUAUCAGUAACCGCGCGUCCUGGAAUGAGCUAUUCAAGAGCAGUGGAGAUCUGGGGAGUGAUGGAUCACUUUCGGCGCAAUUGGGCACGUCUGACUUUGGACUUACUGCUGCUCAGCAGCGAAGGCAUUUCAACGCGGCGAAAACAACAUCAUCGGGCGAUCGCUUGCCUGGAUAUGUAGAUCACACGCGUCAACCUCACAUGGCGAAUCCUGCCCGAAAAUUCCGUCGGACGCUAUCUACAUCGGCUUGUGCUGCAUUGCCCUGCGGAUUUGAGUAUUCUUCUCCAGCGAUGCCCAAUAGCGACGACCAGUGCUCACACGACAUUCUUCCCAUGCCUACGCCCACAUCUGCACAACCGCAACACCUCGGCGUGCAAAGAAACGCCCACGACUACCUUUCAGGUCCUCUGUAUCGCUAUCACGCGGGCGCCGACCACAACACACAUGGAUUUCCAAGCCAGAUCUCCGUGUUUCCGCACCUCCCGGCCUCCGAGCUCCUGGGUAGACGGACCCCGGUCAAAAGCGCAGGCAACACCGGACACAUGCCCUUCACCCCGUUCACGGCGCCGCAGGUUCAUGCGGGCCUCGUGCCACCGCCCUUGCUCCAGCCCCAAUCAAGGCAUCUUCUGCUGCAGCCAGCUGCCGGCACCCCACCUCCGCAUAAGGCCCUGCCGAUGCCUCCGUACUCUCCUUGGCAACAUCAGCAGCACUGCCGGCGUCAGCAGCAGCCGCAUGGGCAUACAGCAGCCCCUCCCCUGCUGCAACAGCAGCAGCAACAACAACAGGCGGAGGGCCCGUUGGAAGGGAGUGGCAGCUGCGGAAACACAGCAGUCAUCGCCCUUGAUGUCGCUUGUUCCGCUGCUGCUACGCCUGCUGGUGGCAAUGCUGGCGGGUGCCCUUGCAGGGCUGCGGAGGAGGGUCGUCUGGCUGCUACUGCUGCUCCUUCACCCGCAUUGCACAGCCCGGGUCGGCAACUCCCGGGGCUGUCCGGGGACCCUCCUUGCGCGUCGUCGGGGGGCAGCUAUGGACCGAGGCCGCUGAAGAGGUUCCUUUCCAUGGACAACCGCUCCCGCCACACGUCCUCCGCCUCCUCCUUGUCCGCCGGCAGCCCACCCGCCCCAGCGCAGCACACCCCUCCUUCCGCACGCGCAGCUGCCGUACCGCACGUCUGGCCGCUGCCAGCCGCCCCAGCCCCUGAAAGCCUCCCCUCCCCGGCUUCGCCCGCGCCACAGCCGGGCAACAACGUACCUGCCCGCCCCCUGCGCACAACCACCUCUCCAGGAUCUGCACCGUCUGUCAGCUGGGGCGGCGCCAGCACCAGAGGCGCCAGUCGGGUAGAGUCAGGCUGCGGCAGAGGGGGCAGCGGAAGCAGGGGGGACGGCCUGCGCGCUUCAUGGGAGGGGCUUGGCGUGGCGGAGGGUGUUCACGUUUGUCCGCCGCAACACGAGCAACACCAUCAAGAGCAGCAAGGCCGUCUAGAGCUGUCACUGCCGCGGCGAUCACUGCAACUACCACAACAACAGCAACAGCAACCGACUGUUGCCAGCGAGCAGGCCAGGCGAUUGCUGCUCAGCUCUGUGGGGAGCCUGGGGAGGCUGUGGGAGGUGGUGGCGGCGGACGGAGCGCUACCGCAACGGGAGAAGCAGACGCUGCUUCGCAUGAUCGAGAGUGCUCUUCAAGACCCGCCGCCGCCGCAACACCCACCUCGUCAAGACCCGCCAAGCGGCCAGCAGCAGCAGCUACAGCUGCAGCAGCAGCAGCAACUUCGCCAGUCAGUAACAAGGCUGCAGGGGCAGCCUCAGCCUUGGCAACAAGAGCCGCACGCCGCGUUUCCCCCUCCAAACGCACACCGCAUAAACAACAACUGCAGCAGCAACAGCGGCUUGCUCGAGCAGGCACACAACAACGGCAACGUCAGCAGGCCUAACCCGAUGUGCGAUGUGGCCUGUUCGGCUGCUGUACAGCCGGAAGCGGCGCCAGCAGCUGCACCCGCAACACCGGCGGACAGCGCCUUGCCGCCGCCAACGGGACAAACGCAGGGAACAGCACGAGCAGCUGCAACAACAGCAACGGAAGCAGCAGCAACUGACGCCACCUCUGUGCAGCACCACCACCAACACCUGUAUUACCAGCAGUACCAGUACCUCCGCCGUAACCCACAGCUGCUGUCUCCACCCGCGCAGCCGCCAGAGCUGCUCUCACCGCCUCCUCUUCCUCCCAGCACCGCCUGGGGGCUUCCCACCACGGGGCCCCUGUCACGCAGCCGUGCGAGCAGCCUUACUGCUGCUGGUGCUGCUGCUGCUCCUUCUUCCUUCCAUAACGGAGACAAGCCAUACCCGCAGGAGCCAGCCAGGUCUGCAGCUGCAGCUACAGCUGCUGCUGCCGCACAAGCAGCAUACUGUAGCGCGGCGCCACACAUGGGCCGACGGGUGUUCGUCCGAACGCUGUCCGCACAUGCGGCGGUUGGUGCUGGGGGCUGUCCAGGAUCGCCGGGCAGCUUGCUAGACGCCUUUGCGACCAGAACGAGGAUUGUAGACGGCAGGGGCAGCGACGGUGGGGCCAGCAGCAGCCAGGGGGGUUGUGUCGUGAAACCGACUGCUGCUUUGGGCGGCGGUGGCGGUAACAUGCCACUGCCCAUGUUCGCUGCUGGUGCGGGUAUGCAAGAGGGCUGGGUGCAGUCGGUAGAUGCGACAGCAGCGGAUCCGGCUGUGUUGAAGGCCUCUGCGGCGACGCCAACAGCAUCAUCCCCAGGCACCGGGCUCGUCCUCACGGACCCCGCAGCGGCAGCAGCAGCAGCAGCAUCGACCUUCGGUAUCCCUGCUGCUGGGACCACGACCCAACAAGGAGGGCUGCCAUUGUCGCCUUUGGCCGCCGCGAGCGUUGGCAUGCAGGGCAGCUGUUGUGGGCAUCCAUCGCUGCAACUGUCGUACGGUUCUCCACCUCCGUGCUACAACAACCGCUUUAACGGCAGCAGCCCCGCAAUGCUGAUGACUCCACCACAGCUACAGACCCAACAGCAGCAGCAGCAGCCGCUAACGUACUGCGGUCAGGGCUCUCACGAGCACGCAGCAAUUCAGGGAUGUUACCCACCAUUCGCGUAUCCCACCACUCCUGCAGCUGGAACCGGGGCCCCCGUAUACCCCACACGCCUAUACCCCCCAGAUACCGGCUCCACAAGUGCUAACCAUGCGUUUAGCCCCAUGGGGGCUAUGGCGCCGUCAGGUCUUGUGGGACAAGGCGCCUUCCUCAACGGUGGUCAUCAAGCCCUAUUGGGCUGCCAUCCCUGUGGAGUCCAAACGGCGCCGCUGCCGAGGGUUUGCGAGGACGAAUUCCUUGGCAGUCCCGACCCACGGGUCGGCACCAGCCGGACUGUCGUGGGCUUGAGCACGAUGCAGGGUAGUGGCGGUGGUGAUGCGGGUCUGGGUCACGAGUCGGACGUAAGCAUGGAUGAUGGAGCACGUGCCCCGCCGCUGGCAUUGCUGUGCGGUUGUCCGGAGCCGCCGCAACCCCAUCCCUCCUACCCGCAGCUGCAGCCGGCGUCGUUCGGUGCUAGCAUGCAGGGCGUGCCUGUUUCGGUUGCGAUGGAUGGUGUGGGUGGUGGCGAUGAGACGGCUGUGUGCUUGUACGGCGGUGCGAGUGGUAGCGGUGCAGCGCAAGUGGUGACUGGUAAUGCGAGUGGGGACAGCAGAGUCCAGGGCGAGGGUGCGGAUGUGGAGGAGGGCGACGAUGUGUUUCUUGACUGUAUGCUGGAUAACAUGUUUGAUAGCGAGCGGCCGUCGUUUACGUGCGGGUCGUUGGGUGAGGAGGAUCUGGAGGGCUUGCUGCAUCCGAGUAUGGCCACAGCUAAUCCGGACCUUGAGAAUCUUUGGUAAGCGGGUUGAGCAUUCCAAGGGCAGAGGAGAAUGGGCGGGUAUAGGGGAUUGGCGUUGCGUAGUGUAGGUUUCCGAGGGGUAGUAGAAGCACAUGGAAAGCGCAUACGGCAUGGCAUGGCAUGGCGGGGUGCCCAAUUGUACAACGCGUAGCAUGCGUUCGCACACACUGUAACUCAGAGCAUUGUUGUCGUGAGCAUGAUGCUAAUCGUUGACCGUUGACUCGUUAUUUUUGUUGCCGGUACUGGUGCGGGUUGUGAUGAAGGUGUGUGUUGCACGUUUAGCUCGUAAUGAAGAGCAAGGCAGGGUUAUCGGGCCGUCUGGUUGCACGCAUGCAUUUGAUGACAUUGUAGGUUGGGGGUUUGGUCCUUCGUGGCCCACACCACACCGUACUGUUCUGGCGGCGGCCGUUUUGUACUGUAGCUGUGCGUGCGGAACACAUAGCUGUGUAUGUGUAUGUGCUGAGAAAACCGGCCGCGGGUAGGGGCUGUGUGGCGAGCAGCACGGUAUCCCUCUUGGUACCCCAGCACGGUACCCCUCUUGGCCGUACGAAGUCCCGGGACCUAGGGCGCAUAUGCCAGUUUUAUAAAUGCUACAGCAAGGUUCAGCAGAAACACAGGCAAAACACGCAUGCGGAUGAUCUUCUCAAUAGCCUUACUUGCUCGGAGCUUGGAUCUUAUUUAGCGUCCGGCGUCUAAAGGCUUGAUUGCCGAGGCUUUGCGGGAUACUGGGUUUUGACGGUUGGAGGUUGUUGUUUUAGGCUUCCUCGGAUUUCUUCUGUCGAGUGACUGCGGGUGGUUGGGUUGUGUAGUUACGGCUUUUGGCGGCCCCUUGUUGCUCCUUCCGUUGUCCUGAUUCCACAGCAUAUGCGAAAGUGGCGCAAGCGUUUAUUGCAUAGCACGUAUCGCAGGCCAUUUGCUGAUGUUAGCGGGUGUCGGCUGCGGCUGUCAACGCAUGCUUAUUUCCUUCAAGUCAAGGCAUACCUUUUCAUCUUGCGUACUGGGAAAUGGGAGCAGGACUGAGGGUCUUUCAAGGCAGCUUAGGCGGUGGCAUUUGAAUGUUGUGAUGCUCUGCUGCGGUGAUAUUGUAAGUUGAGGUGUAGCACGUUGGGUUGCAAUUGGGUUUUAAUCAAGUUUGCACGAGGCACACGGCUGUGUUGCAUCUGCGACAAUGCGUGGGUUGUGGAUAAGGGGAAUAACUGAAGUAGUGCAUAUCGAAGGGUGAAGGGGGCGUCAGGCGACAUUGUUUCCUGUCUUGGUUCGCAUGUGUGGCUGCCGUCAGCAACAGAACGCAGCAUGCAAGCCUGCUCGUGCAGCAGAGCGUCAAAAACGUUGGGUGAGAUGACCGUUUUCCGGGCCGGGUAGCACACGUGACGUUGGGGCUACUGGUACGGUAGUUUUGAGCACCCGGCUGCACCCGGGUCUACAUUUUUCGAGGAACUUAUUAUUAGUAGUUCUAACUUGGACAGUGCGGAGAUGUGUGGCACCGGUAGAGUGUUUCGGUGUGUUUUGCGUUUGGCGCGACUUUUAGCGCAUGCCAAGGGCCUGAUACCAGACCACGCUGUAAGCAACAAAGCCUGCCCACACCCGCGCGGGAUGGUUAGGGGUCUCAAUACCGCAACUGCAAAAGGGGCUACACUGAGGGCUGGUCGGUGCUGAUCUGCGCGGGCUGGUGUGGGCUCUGUGGUGUAAGGAACCGCGGUCAGCUGUUUUGGUGCAUGGGAGACAUGGGAUAACAAGGGAUUGCGGGUAAACUAUACCCGGUGUAAGUCAUUACGGU